AUUAAGAAAGAAUUUUGACACUGGGAAUAACCGUCUAUUUAUCAGGAAUGCAAUGGCUACAAGAGUUACAACCUUCCUAUCUAAGCCAAUCAGCAAAAAACUUAUAGAGGCUGUUAAUUUUGGUUAUAAAAAUAGCAAAGGCAAAUAUUCAGAAAAUUUAGACAGAGUAGAAUGUAUCAUGAUUUUGGCUUUAUUCUACUGCUUUCUUAAGAGAGAUUUAGCAUUCUACUACAUCUUACAGGAUAUGAUGACGAAAAUAGAUGCGAUAAAAUAUUCUGAUUUUUGUUGGUGGUUAUGGAGCAAUUUCAAAUUUGGCAAAGAUGACGUUAUAGCUGUUCUCUCGUUUGCUAACGACCUAGCUCGGAAAGGGGAACUAAGACUUCCUCAGCAUGUUCUUGCUGUUUUUAUUGAUUUACACAACUGUUAUUCAGAUAUCACAAGUUCCGAAGCUACGAAAUACUUCAGUAACAAAGAAGAAAGACGAUUGGACAAGACAAAUUUUUCGAAGCAGGUUAUUAUUUUGAAUCAACGAACGAAGUAUCUUCUGGUUACACCUAUUUAUACCAAAAUUGUGGAAUCUGUAAAAUUUGCAAACGGGCAUAAAAUAAGUGAAUACCCCUUAUAUUUCGACCUUGAACAGAAUAUGAUUUUAACAUUAUUUUACGGCCUUCUUAGAAGAGACGUUGCUCUUUGUGUUAUCAUUCAGGACAUGAUGUCAAAUGCUAAAGUGGAUUAUGACCAUCUAUUCGAGUGGUUAAAUUACACAUUCGAGUUCGACAAACACGAUGUUGAGUGCGCUGUAAUGUUUGGACGCCAUCACUUCCUAGAGCAGUUAAAGCACUCUGAUAACUUUCUGUUGCUUUUCCUCCACCUAGAAAACAAAUAUUUCUUUGAUGAUUUUUUUCAUCUCGAGGAAACUUCAGAUGUAUUGGAUAAACUAAGAUUGGAUCCAAAUAGUGUUAAGAACCAUUUUUCUCACUCAUGGUUACCACGAUAUAAAAGUAAAGAGAAUAGAAGAAGUGAUAUAAGAAGUAAAGGGAAGAUAACACCAUUACACAUAGCUGCUUCCUUGGGUGAUGAUUCUGCUGUACGUUUGUUGAGUCAACACUACCAACCCACUGAAGCACUGGAUAGCAACAGUAGUACUCCAUUACACGAAGCAGUAAAAGGCCUCCAUUUUGAGACAGUUCGAGUGCUCUUGGAACUUGGAGUAAGCGACGAAAUAAAAGACAGCGAAGGUUUGACUCCUGUCGAGAUCGCUCGACGUAAAAAAAGUCAGGCUAUGCUGAAAUUGUUUGAUAAUCAUUCUAAAUCCACUGUUACACGUUCCACUAAUCCUGAUCUGAAGAGUAUCAACGAAAGAGACAACGACGGACGUACUGCACUUCACAUACUCGCGGGAUACGGAAUGGCUGAAGAAGUUGAGCGUUUUCUUAAACUCGGUGCAUAUCCAAACGUCAGGGACAAGAAGGGGAUGACUCCGUCUCAUUAUGCCAUCCGAAGUGGAAACCAAGAAACAAUUAAUUUACUGAGCAGUGCUAUUGGUACUACUAAGCAUUGAUUUCAAUACCACUGGAGAGCAUAACGGUAAUAUAAUACUGUACAAAGACUUGAUGGUAGAUAGAUUCUAGAACAUAAAACUGUGUACGUACAAAUACAGUAUGUAAGGAAGGAAACUUUAGGGAGGUGUGAGUUUUUGUCGUCAAGAUGUACCAGCAUCAUACUAUUCUUUUGGUACGGAAUCUCAAAUUAUAUUCGAUGUUCGAAAUUUUGAUUGUUUUUUUUAGGCCAGAUGUUGAGGGCGGGGGAUUAAUACCAGAGUUAAAAACCCCAACUGGAUUCGGGAGGCGAAGUCCCCCUUAUUUUAUUCCUUUAAUUUCGGUUAUCAGGUUGUCGGUGAAGGUGCGGUGCUGUGCACACGCGUUAGCCCGCUCGGCCACCCAGCCCCCACGAUGAUCGAACCUGUACUACGUGAGAUGGUGAUACAUAGGGAAAGUUCUUAAACUAAGCGCUGAGCUCAUAAAUGGCAUCGGAAAUUUAUCAAUCUGUUCCUGGAACUGGAACCACCGAUAUAAUUCAUACCGUUUCUUUAUUCAGCGAGUGCAUUGCCGUGGUUUUUGAGGUACAUAAAUCGGGUGGUUGUAAGCUAAUUGUGAGCAGAGUGUUAUUUCUCAAUUCAUAAAACGUGUUAAGCUUCCGCUGCAUUAUAUAUCUAUAUCGGUUCAUUGAUGGAUUCCAUGGAUCAUUAGAAUCCAUCAAUGAAAUUUGCAUUGAAUUUAGAAACUCACCCAUUUUUCUUUAUUCAUCACAAUUGGAAUGCAAAGAACAAAGCUAAAAAUGUUUUUUAAUUAAUAUGAUGUGGAAUCCUGGAUAUGUUAACAUGAGAUGUACCUUAUCAGUACCGGUUCCGGUUGUAUCUGAUUUGAUCCUGUUACAAAUAUCUUACUAUAACAGACUUACGAUGGACAUGACUAAUUAUCUUUAUGUAAAUUCAUUAAUGACUGACAUAAUUCGACUUAAUCACCAUACAUCUCUAUUGACGGACGAAUGUACAUUUUUUUCAUUAGACAUUUUCAUAUUUAAGAUUCAUUCCCGAUUUAUCCAUUAUUCAGUGGUCAUAAGGUAAUGUAUUAUGAAAAUAGUUUAUUUUUAUACUGUCAAUAUUAAGAAUAAUGUAUCUACCUUGCAUCCAAGUUUUAAUAAAUGUUAAAAUCAAAUCUUAAUAAAAAUUGUUGUUUUUUUCCAA